GAUUCGAUUUUUAAAAUUAAUUCACUAUGGCCUUUUACCACUCUUCCCUUACCUUAAUUUGUCUGUUCUUCUCGACAUUCACGAUUAUAUACGCCAAAAGCAGACACGAGCACAAACAUGAACACGAGCACAACCAUAAACUUCGACAAGCCUACGUCGCGCUCCAAGCGUGGAAACACGUCAUCUACUCGGACCCGUCGAACUUCACGUCGAAUUGGCGCGGCCCGAACGUGUGCAACUACACGGGCGUGUACUGCGCGCCGUCAAUCAACGACGCCGCCGUUUUAGUCGUCGCCGGGAUCGACCUCAACCACGCCGACGUCGCGGGUCUCCUCCCCGACGAAUUAGGCCUCCUCUCCGACCUCGCCUUGAUACAUCUAAACAGCAACCGAUUCUGCGGGAUCCUCCCGCGAACCAUUUCGAAAUUGUCGCUUCUCUUCGAGCUCGACCUCAGCAACAACCGAUUCGUCGGGCCUUUCCCCGACGUCGUCCUCUCCCUCCCUUCCCUUCGCUACCUUGACAUUCGAUUCAACGAAUUCGAGGGGCGGGUCCCGCCGCAGCUCUUCGGCGGCAAACUCGACGCCAUAUUCAUCAACAACAAUCGGUUCCAAUCGACAAUACCGCGGAGCAUCGGCACCAGCUCGGCCUCGGUCGUCGUCUUCGCCAACAACCAGCUCGGUGGAUGCCUCCCGCCGUCGAUUUCGAAAUUUGCUGACACUCUCGAAGAAUUAGUUCUAAUAAACACGAGUAUCUCGGGAUGCUUGCCCGUGGAGGUCGGAUUUCUUUACAAGUUAAGAGUUCUCGACGUGAGCUUCAAUCAAAUUGUCGGCCCCAUACCGUACUCGGUCGCCGGCUUGGCUCAUCUCGAAAGAUUGAACCUUGGGCACAACAAGAUGAGCGGAAUCGUGCCGGAGGGAGUCUGUGUUCUACCGAAUCUUGUGAACUUUACGUUCGAUUACAACUUCUUCUGCGAAGAAGAGGGGAUUUGUGCGAAUUUAAGUUCGAAAGGGAUCGUGUUCGAUGAUCGGAGGAACUGUCUGCCGCGGAAGCCAUUGCAGAGGAGGAAGAAGGAAUGUGAAGCUCAGAAGCCUGUGGAUUGCUUGGAGGAUCGUUCUUGUUCAUCUUCUUCCGCUGAUUCUGAUGUUCAUCAACAAAUUAUUCCAUUGUCUUCUUCGACUCCUCCUCCUCCAUAAGGUCUGUAGUGUGUCUGUGUAAAUGUUAUGUAAUAUAGCCUGUCGAAUGGGAGAUGCAAUAAUGAAGUUAACUUCUGUAUGUUUGUACAUAGUGAUGUUAUACACGUAAAUGGAUAUAUUGGCAUCGCAGCUGU